CAAAGAGACUUCACCAAGUGAAGGGAGGCCAUCAAAUUCACACUGUCUUCAUCUGAGACCACCUCCAAAACAAAGAACCUGACUUCUCUCCUUGCUUUGUACACUGGAAUGGACCUUGAAGCCUGUGACUUCUCAGUGCAAGAAUGAAGUGAAUUUAGAGCUAAAAACGAGGCAAGAAACCAGGCCUUGAAAUCUCCGAAAGGUAGGAGAGACUUCAGACUGCAAUGGGCAGUUACUGGCAUUGCUGUAGAGACAUCCUGAACGACGUGUUGGAAAAGGAAGUGCACAGGACAGUCUUUCUGCAUUGUGAACAUGUGUGAGACCCCCAUGCAAAGCUGUGCUCUGUUUUGACUCCAAGUCUCCUCAGACAUGGCCGAGGAAAAUGCACCUGAAAGAACUAUAUGCACUGACGCAGCCUCAGGAAAACCCACAAUGGCUGCCAAGCGCAAAGGCGGCCUGAAGCUAAAUGCCAUCUGUGCCAAGCUGAGCCGCCAGGUCGUCUUCGACCACGGGGGAGCCGAGCAGGCGCGCGCCGACAAGGGGCCGCAGCGGGACAGCGGCAACAAGGACCUGCCUCAGCCCGGCACCAAGGAGCUGGGGACAGAGUUCUCAGAUGGACUCAGCCGCGUGCAGAAGAUCGAGGAGGACAAAAGGAGGGAGGUGAUUGAGAAGUGGGUGAAUGGGGAGUACAACGAGGAGCCCUUGCUGGGGCGAGUGGAGGGCAAGGAAUGUAAGGGCGCCGAGAGCGCGGAGGUGCCCCCAGAAGGGGUGUACAUGGUGCAGCCCAAGGGCUGCAGCGACGAGGAAGAUAACGGGGACGAGGCAGACGCUCUGAGGAGCUCGCAGGAUGGCAACUUCUUGGAUGACAGGGAUUCAGACGGGCCAGCCUUGAAGGAUGAUGCCUACCGGUCCUCCAGUGGCGAGCCAGGCUCCAAGCUGGGAGCAGGAACCACCUCAGGGGAAGCGUCGUCGCUGCAGGAUUACGCCGCCACCACCAUGAACGAGUUCCUGGGCAUGUUCGGCUACGACGACCAGAACAUGCGGGACGAGCUGGCCCGCAAGAUCAGCUUCGACAAGCUGAACGCCGCUACCUCAGAGGCCGCCGCCGCCACCGCGCUGCCCGGCGAGGACGCCUUGAGCAAACGCGCCCGCUUCUCCAAGUACGAGGAGUACAUCCGCAAGCUGAAGGCCGGGGAGCAGCUCUCGUGGCCCAUGCACUUGGCCAAGUCCGAGGAGCUGGGCCCCAAGCUGGGCAAAGAACCUUCCUCGGUGCUGGCGCAGCCCAUUCGGGUGCCAGGCCCAGACGCCUCCCUACUGACGGAGACCAAAGCCACCAUCCUGCCGCUGCCCUCUCCCAGCAGCUCCCAGAUGCAGGGCCUGAUGUCACGGGCCUCCAAGUACGACUUCUUCAUUCAGAAGCUGAAGACGGGUGAGAGCAUCAGGCCACAAAACGGCAACACGUACAAGAAGGCCUCCAAGUAUGACCUAGAAAAUGUCAAGUACUUGCACCUUUUCAAGCCUGGAGAAGGAAGCCCAGAUAUGGGAGGAGCCAUCGCCUUCAAGACGGGCAAGGUAGGCCGGCCUUCCAAGUAUGAUGUGAGGAACAUUCAGAAGCUCACUCCAGUAAAAGCUCCAGCUCCCAGCCUGGCCCCUGCUCCCCUCGCCAGCACCCCCAGCAGCACUCCCGUGGCCGGGCCAGAGCAGUCCGUCGCAUUGCCAUUCAACACUCCUGAGUACCUGAAAUCAACCUUCUCCAAGACAGACUCCAUCACAACUGGAACAGUCUCUACAGUAAAGAAUGGAUUACCCACUGACAAACCAGCCGUCAGCGAAGAUGUAAAUAUUUACCAGAAGUAUAUUGCCAGGUUCUCGGGCAGCCAGCACUGUGGGCACAUACACUGUGCAUACCAGUACAGAGAACAUUACCACUGCCUCGACCCCGAGUGCAACUACCAGAGAUUCACCAGUAAGCAGGAUGUGAUCCGGCAUUACAACAUGCACAAGAAGCGGGAUAACUCCCUGCAGCACGGCUUCAUGCGCUUCAGCCCCCUGGACGACUGCAGCGUGUACUACCACGGCUGCCACCUCAACGGCAAGAGCACACACUACCACUGCAUGCAGGUGGGCUGUAACAAGGUCUACACGAGCACCUCUGACGUGAUGACCCACGAGAACUUCCACAAGAAGAACACUCAGCUCAUCAACGACGGGUUCCAGCGGUUCCGUGCCACGGAGGACUGUGGCACUGUGGAGUGCCAGUUCUAUGGGCAGAAAACCACUCACUUUCACUGCAGGAGACCUGGGUGCACAUUCACCUUCAAGAACAAGUGUGACAUUGAGAAGCACAAGAGCUACCACAUCAAAGAUGAUGCCUAUGCCAAGGAUGGCUUCAAGAAGUUCUACAAGUACGAGGAAUGCAAGUAUGAGGGCUGUGUCUACAGCAAGGCCACCAACCACUUCCACUGCAUCAGGGCAGGCUGUGGCUUCACCUUCACCUCCACCAGCCAGAUGACCUCCCACAAACGCAAACACGAGCGCCGGCACAUCCGGAGCUCGGGAGUGCUGGGCCUGCCUGCCUCUCUCCUGGGCUCCAAGGACAACGAGCAGGAGGAGUCCAGUAACGAUGACCUCAUUGACUUCUCUGCCAUGAGCUCCAAGAACUCCAGCCUGAGUGCCUCCCCGACCAGCCAACAGUCUUCCGUGUCUCUCAUCGUCCCGGCCGCGCCCUCCUCUGCGGCCGAGCUCGCUUCCUCACAGGCCACCAAGGCUGCCAACAGCAUGACACCAGCCACCAAGAUCUCUGGCCUGCUCUCCCAGGCUCUUCCCAGCAAUAUACCCUUGGCCCUGGCACUCUCCAACUCAGCACUUCCUGGGACAGCUGGAUCCUUCUUCCCCAUCAUCCCCAGUCGGGUCUCUACACCACUGCCUGCCAGCUCGGCUAAUCUGAUGACUGCUGGUUCUUCUGGCGCCAAUCCAACAUCAUCUGCUCCUGCAGAUUCCUCGUCCCAGGCAGUCUCAGGAUCUGGUGAGCCAGCGGCUACUUCCUCUCCAGCUCCAGCAGCAUCUAUAAUGGAAAGGAUCUCUGCUAGCAAGGGAUUAAUCUCUCCUAUGAUGGCCAGGCUGGCAGCAGCUGCACUCAAGCCCUCUGUGGCACUUGAAGCAGGGAAUGGACAACCAGCAGCUCCCGGACGGUUCAAUCCAGUCCAGGUGAAGCAGGAACCUGCGGAGGCCAUGGGAUCAUCAUCUGCCACCAGUCAGGACUCCCUGCAGGAGCACAGCUUGGACCUGAGCGUCAAGGAUCACGGUAAUGAAUCAAAUGGCCACACAGUCUCGGCAAAUUCAUCUCUUUUAUCCUCGCUUAUGAAUAAGAUGUCCAAGACCAGUGCCAGCCUUGGCAACCUGCUGAACAUUAAGACAGAAGGUGAUGGCAGCCAGGCUGGGGCUGGGGAGCCAACCCAGUACUUGGGCAAGGCAGUGAAGGCCCUUGUCCAGGAGAAGCUCUCUGAGCCGUGGAAGAUGUACCUGCGCCGGUUUGGCACCAAGGAUUUCUGUGAUGCCCAGUGUGACUUCCUGCACAAGGUGCAUUUCCACUGCGUGGUGGAGGAAUGUGGGGCCCUGUUCAGCACCCUGGAUGGAGCCAUCAAACACGCCAAUUUUCACUUCCGAACUGAGGGUGGAACUGUGAAAAGUAACUCUGAGUCUCCCUUCUCAACCACUACUGAGAGUAAAGCUUCACUGGCCCCUUCAUCACCAUCUGCUACUUCUGCCACCAUGGCAAGUGCUCCUGCCCUCGACGUGCCCACUCCAAGUCCAGCUACUGUGCCCUCUGCCCCCACACUGCUGGCUUGGAAGCAGCUGGCUUCCACUAUACCCCAGAUGCCUCAGAUCCCAGCAGCAGUGCCUAACCUGGCAGCUUCACCCUUGGCAACGACUUCCCUGGAGAACGCCAAGCCUCAGGUCAAACCCGGAUUUCUCCAGUUCCAGGAGAAUGAUCCCUGCCUGGCAACAGACUGCAAGUACGCCAACAAAUUCCACUUCCACUGUCUCUUUGGGAACUGCAAGUAUGUGUGCAAAACCUCUGGCAAAGCAGAAUCCCACUGCCUGGACCACAUCAACCCCAACAACAACCUGGUGAACGUGCGAGACCAGUUUGCUUAUUACUCCCUGCAGUGUCUCUGUCCCAACCAGCACUGUGAAUUCCGGAUGCGAGGGCAUUACCACUGUCUGCGUCCUGGCUGCUACUUCGUGACAAACAUCACCACCAAGCUGCCCUGGCACGUGAAGAAACAUGAGAAGGCAGAGAGGAGGGCAGCCAACGGCUUCAAGUAUUUUACCAAGAGGGAAGAAUGUGGCAGAUUGGGUUGCAAAUACAACCAGGUGAACAGUCACUUCCACUGCAUCCGAGAGGGCUGCCAGUUCUCCUUCCUGCUCAAGCACCAAAUGACAUCCCACGCCAGAAAGCACAUGAGGAGAAUGCUGGGGAAGAACUUCGAUCGUGUUCCCACUCAGGUUAUUGGCCACACUCCAAGAAAUGAGAAUCUCCCCCAGGUUGGCAGCAUGGCACCCAGCCCAGCCUCAUCAGGAACCCCAGCUUCCUUCCAGGGACCCCCCAGCAUGAUGGACACAGAAACAGAUGAGUACAUGGAUUACACUGGCUGUAGCCCUGGGGGGAUCUCCUCGGAAUCUUCCAACAUGGACCGCAGCUGCUCCAGCACUCCAGUGGGCAAUGAAAGUACAUCAGCAGGCUGCCUGGUUCCUUCUACUGCUACUGCUGCUGCCGACGAUGCCCACACUGCACCACAACCUCCACCACCAUCUCUGCCUCCAUCUUUCUCACAAGCCCUGCUUAGGUCUCCCCUCCCCACCCUGCCCUAUCUCUUCUCUCCAUCUUGUCUCUCGUACUCCCUGCUCAGUGCCACUCUGGGAGCCAGCAGAGGCAUUGUCAUGCCUGCCGCCAGCACCGCUGGGUUCUCGCCCAUCAUUGCCACUCCAACUCCAGUAAAAAGUGACGUUCCCUUAGUGCAGGAUGCAGCAGGGAACACCAUCACUAUGCCAACUGCCUCGGGGGCCAAAAAGCGCUUCUGGAUCAUCGAGGACAUGUCCCCGUUCGGGAAGCGCCGCAAGACCGCGUCCUCCCGCAAGAUGCUGGAUGAGGGGAUGAUGCUGGAGGGAUUCCGGCGCUACGACCUCUACGAGGACUGCAAGGACUCCAGCUGCCAGUUCUCCCUCAAGGUGACCCACUACCACUGCACGCGGGAGAACUGCGGCUACAAGUUCUGCGGCCGCACCCACAUGUACAAGCACGCGCAGCACCACGACCGCGUCGACAACCUGGUGUUGGAUGAUUUCAAACGCUUCAAGUCUUCGCUGAGUUGUAACUUCCCAGACUGUCAGUUCUCUGGCAAUAGCACACACUUCCACUGUCUGCGCUGCGGCUUCCGCUGCACUGACAGCACCAAGGUGACAGCCCACCGCAAGCACCACGGCAAGCAGGACGUCAUCAGCGCCGCGGGCUUCUGCCAGUUCAGCUCCAGCGUGGACUGCGAGGUGCCCGACUGCAAGUACAAACUCAAGUGCUCCCACUUCCACUGCACCUACCCUGGCUGCAAACACACGGUGGUGGGUAUGUCACAGAUGGACUCGCACAAGCGCAAGCACGAGAAGCAGGAGCGAGGGGAGCUGCCUGCCAUCUCCCCUGGCCCCGAGGGCCUCGCCCACUCCACCCUCGAGUAUGACAUCCAGAACUCUUCCAUCAACCUGGACAGCUCCCUCAACCUCAGCACUGACAACAACAACUCCCUCUUCUUCCUGCAGAAUGCGGCCGGUGUGGGCCUCAACGACUCCCUGGACCUCAGCAAGAAACAGGCAGAGGCCACCGAGGGCCCGUCCCCGAGCAGAGCUGGGACCGCGGCCCAGGAGAGGGGCCCGGGGGCAUCGGGCUCUGGUGAUGUGGAGGACGAGGAUGACUCUUCCCAAGAGGAUGAAGAGGAUGAUGAGGAGGAGAUGAAUGAAGAAGAGGAGGAUGAUGAAGAGGAGGAUGAUGAUGAUGACGACGAGGAGGAUGAUGAAGAGGAAGACCUGAACACGGAUUCUGAAGAAUCGCUGCCUGACCCUGAAGGCCUGGCCACUAAAGAAGAUGGAGAACCAGAGGAGGCUGCUUCUUCCACAGACCAUGGUGAUGCUUCCAGGCCACAGGGCGAGCCAGCCCUCACUCCAGCCCCAGCUCCUGCUCCUGCUCCUGCUCCAGCUCCAGCUCCAGCUGCUGCCCCAGCCUCCACCGCUGCUCCAGCAGCUUCUCCUUAAUCCAAGAGACAACGACAGCAGUGGUUUGGUUUUGCUCUUACACAGAAUUACUAAGAGGACCCUAUGUGAGGCGAGAACAAAGAUUGGGAUGGCAAAUGAAAAACAAACUCUGUGCCACACACACGAGAGAGAGGAAGGAAGGAAACCCCUGCUCCUCCCCAGGCCCCAUAAGAGAUCGGUUUGCAGCAGGACUGGUGCUGCCUCAUCCAUUCUACAGAUCCCGGAACAGGGGGCAGGAUGCAGCAAAAAAUACCCUUUAUAUGGACAUGAACCUUGAGGGUACCUGCUGCUCUUCCCUGCUCCCUGCAUGGUGCGUGGGGCCUGUGCCCAUCUGGGGACCCUUUGUUAUGGGUGGGGCUCUAUCCCCCCAAUUUUCUUUCUGGGUUUUAUUUUUCCAUGUUUUCAGUUGUACGAUAAUAAUAAUAAUCUCCACUUCUUGGAGGGGGGUGGGUGGGAACAACAGGUAAUGAAUUUUAGAGAUAUAUAUUUGUGUGUGUGUCUCUCUAUAUAUAAUGUACGCACACACACACAUAUAUAAAAUUCAAGGAAUUGGUGUCACAGAGACAAGUAGCUCAGCUUUUGCCGGUGGGAAGGAGGGGUGAGGGGUGUGCUCUCUCUCCACCCCUCCCCCUUCUUUCUCCAGCAUUAAAUGAAUGGCAUCAGACAGCCAGGGUGGGAGUGGGUAUUUAUUGUCACAUAAAUGAGGACGCAUUAAUGAACGAGCAGGGGUGGGAACGGGACACUCCUCUGUUCUUCCAGAUCCUUUUUACUGUUAAUGAUAAUAAUUUUGAAUGCUAUUUAUAUUGUAAAACUUUCUCAGUCUACACUUUCUCUGUAGGACACCUCUCCUCAUCCCUGCUGCUCUGCCUGUAGGGAUUUAGCUGAAGUAACCUGGGAAGAACACAGCGGGCAGUCACAGGGUCUGUCACACUGGAGGACUGGGGUUAAUCCGCCAUCCAGUUCCAUCUCAUCCCAACCCCCAGGUGCUUCCUCUCUGCUGAGGGUGAGGCGUUUUUGUGGUGCUUCAGUAUCCCCAUCUCAGGAGGUUGUGAGCUGCCCUGUCCCACAGGGAGCACCGUGCUCAGAGGAGCGUCCGGGCUCUGCCCCGAGCGCUGGCACCAGGACAGGAAUGUCCCGUGCCCAGCCCUGUCCCCAGCCUGGCACCAGGACAGGACAGACACGGAGCCCUGGUGACUCUGGGAGAGGCCAAGGCAGCGCUGCCGAGGCAGGAGGAGGCAGGACAGGCCCG